CAUUAUUGCAGAAGAGCUGAGAACCCCCAAAACCUCAGAGAAACCCUCCCAAAAAUGGAGGUAGCGAAUAGAAUCGCGAACGCUGUGAUCAGAGCGGUGAACAACAACACGGUAAUCAACGUGUGCCUGGUGGGUUCGUUCGUGGCACUGGGCGUGAGGUCGGUGAACCAGCAGAAGUACAUCGAGGCCCUAGAGGCCGAGAAGGACUCGCUCGUCAAGUCCAACAAAGCCAUGAAGAAGACCAUGUGGGACUGGAAGCAACAGCUUUUCGCCGAAUCAGAAAGCCACGAGGCUUUGAUCCCUCUUGCCAGGCUCAAAGCCAUCUACGGUGAAGCUCCUAUUGCACGAAAUGAUGCAGUACAGGAAGAUUCGAAUUCACCCGUUUCCAAAUUGAGUGUAGACCAGAAAGUUACCAAAGGGACUAGCAUCUGGACAAGUUCUUUAAACUCAUUCACUUGGGAUGACAUAGAAUAAUGAGGCUCUUGGAUUUUAGUUGGUUUUAUCUGGAAGGCUCGAUUUCUUGUUUCGACUUUCACGAAAGCUGUAAAAACUAUCACUAAGAAUUGUUGAAUUUCUGGCUAUUGGGAAUCAUUUAGCAGUUUGCUGUCUUGGAUGAA